UAGCAUUACUGCCGCUCUGUUUGAAUCAGUAAAUCCGGCGUCUUUGUAAAAGAAAAUGGUUGAUGCAAUGAUCUCUCCUGAGGGGCGAUGAAUUUGUCAUGAAUCAGUCUUCGUCUCCGGUUUUCUUCUUGAGCCAGUGCAGGAGUUAUAACGCAAUUAUUUUAAAAACUAUUUCACGUUUUUAUGAAUUGAUAAUCUUGAACACUCUUGGACUCAUGCAGCUCACAAAAACAUCAAAUGAAAAAUAUCAAUCAUUUUAAAUCAUUUUUACCGUGUGUAGAACAUUUUGUACAUACGUUUCCAUUCGCUUCGAUCAGGAAAUCCUAUGAACACGGGCAUAUUUCGUGAUUUAUGGGCGACCUCAGGCAGUUGCAAAUUUGGGGGUAGCCAUCUCACGUUACACUAGUGUACACUGCCCAGAAAACACUUGUCACUGGUUUCUAAAGUUGACAUUCCUUUCAUUCAUCUAUUACCUCACAUUCAACCAUAGUUGGCAGCCAUUUUGAUUUUCAAAACUGACAACCAAAAGCCGGCGGAGUACGUUCCUCAGUCAUCAUUGGAUGCUAACAGGGUUGUGCGAUACAGUGACGUACAGACAUGCCAUUAGCUUGCGUUAAGUCUUCAAGUAGUAAUUUAUUAAUUUCAAAUAAAUGACGAAAAUUUUGAAAUUCACACCUCAAGAUCAAGCUCAAAGAAGUUCUACACAUCCGGAGAGAAAACCCUUUCCUCAAUCAUGAAAUCAAACAUGUUAAUCUAAACUUGUUAUUGAAAUUAAUUCUCACACUUUUCUUUAUUGAAUGAUUUUCCUCUUCUUCCCGCUAUUGUACUCAUUCUGAGCAUUUCCGAGUAUUCAUAUUCUAUGCUCUAUGCACAUAUUGUAACACACCGAUGAAGGUAGAUGUUUCUGCCGAGACAUGUCUGUCAAUUUUUAAAUUGUCGUUAUUUAUUUGAUAUGAAUUCUUAUCUUCCCGCUAUCCCGACCUUUCGGUAAGAAGAAUGAUGGACAUCUGGGCACAACGUAGUCUCCUCCGCAGCCGUUUUUUGGGAUGUCACGCAACGCUCCCCCGUUGCGUGACAUCCCAAAAAACGGCUGCGGAGGAGACUAGGCACAAGGUCCAUAUCUAUGGAAAUGUAAAUGAGCUCCCUAAUGUUUUCAUGGAUGGUUGCGGUACACCUUUCGUGACUCUAGAUAUAAACAUCACAGCAGAGAAAGAACUCACUUUCCUUAGCUUUACUCAUGAAGAUUAUUUGUGCAGGAUAUGCAAAAACGGGUUCUAAAUCAAUCGCCAAAGCCUUGCGGCACCUUGGAUUUACAGUGUUCGAUUGGGAAGAACAAAUCUUUGACUUUGUAGAUGACUGGGUUGAUGUGUUUCAAAAUGGCGCCAAGCCUGAUGUUAAGCGACUUUACCAGAACGCUGAUGUAUGCGUUGAUAUGCCUGGAACAUUUUUCUACGAGGAAAUUCUGGAAGCUUUCCCUGACUGUAAAGUGAUUCUGAGCGAACGGGAUGAAGAUUCCUGGGUAAAAAGUCAUGUAAAUCAACUGGAAUCAAUAGCUGCGCGUGCGGCACGAUAUCGAUACGUGGUUCCCGUUCGGUACUUGUUAUCGCCAACAGCAUGUAAAGCUAGGGGCAUCGUGGACUCCUACUUUAAUGCAUUUUUUGGCUCUUGUAACCCCAAGUCCACCUAUGUUUUCAGAAAGCGAUAUCGUAUCCACAACCACCGUGUAAAGUCCAUUGUUCCCGCUGACAAGUUGCUGGUAUACAACGUGAAGCAAGGAUGGAAGCCAUUGUGUGAUUUCCUGGGUUGCGAGGUCCCCACGGUUGCCUUCCCACAUGAAAUCAUGAAGAUUAUUUGUGCAGGAUAUGCAAAAACGGGUGCUAAAUCAAUCGCCAAAGCCUUGCGGCACCUUGGAUUUACAGUGUUCGAUUGGGAAGAACAAAUCUUUGACUUUGUAGAUGACUGGGUUGAUGUGUUUCAAAAUGGCGCCAAGCCUGAUGUUAAGCGACUUUACCAGAACGCUGAUGUAUGCGUUGAUAUGCCUGGAACAUUUUUCUACGAGGAAAUUCUGGAAGCUUUCCCUGACUGUAAAGUGAUUCUGAGCGAACGGGAUGAAGAUUCCUGGGUAAAAAGUCAUGUAAAUCAACUGGAAUCAAUAGCUGCGCGUGCGGCACGAUAUCGAUACGUGGUUCCCGUUCGGUACUUGUUAUCGCCAACAGCAUGUAAAGCUAGGGGCAUCGUGGACUCCUACUUUAAUGCAUUUUUUGGCUCUUGUAACCCCAAGUCCACCUAUGUUUUCAGAAAGCGAUAUCGUAUCCACAACCACCGUGUAAAGUCCAUUGUUCCCGCUGACAAGUUGCUGGUAUACAACGUGAAGCAAGGAUGGAAGCCAUUGUGUGAUUUCCUGGGUUGCGAGGUCCCCACGGUUGCCUUCCCACAUGAAAAUAUCAAAGCUGAAAUUACCGCCACCAUUGGCAUGACUAAAUAUGGCCAGCAGGUUAAAUGGGAAAUGCAGAGAGGUCUUUUGGUAAUCGGCACAGUUCUUGUAAUAAUUGUAAUGGCAAUUCUGGCCAUCUGUUUUCAUAAGUAAACAAGCCAAGAGCAAUAACUGUGGCGUCUUCACUGCUUUGUUUAUCUGUGUUGAUACAUCUUAGUUUCUCUUCACUCAGUGUGUUCCAAUACAAAAUAAUACUCCAUUUAUGAGAGUCUAUUCAACCUCUUUUGUUUUGUAAUUUCGUAAAAGGUUUACCCAAUACACUUGAAACGUAUAUACCCGACUAAAUCAUUGUUUAAACUUUUAGUUAUACUGUGUGUCCUUGACACACCGUAUACUUUAGGUCACCUUCUUUACCAGAGAAUUAAAAAGAAUCAGAAAGAAAGAACGCUUUGGUCUGUAGGGAUCGAGUUUAGGCACAAAAAUCGUGCGUACAUACGUAAAACAAUUGCACGGAUGAUUGCGCUAGCUGCGUUAGGGUCAAAAGAGGUCUGUUCAAUACAGUCACGAAAAUGUACAGAAUCAAUAAAGUGGUAUAACUCUGCAUACUCUAAAUACUAAAUCUUUGAUACGUCUGAGUCAUAGGUGUUAAAUCUUUAUGCAGUCAUAGAAGUAGGAAGGAUUUGAUAUGAUCCAUGGUCACCAGUCCUCACCACCGUGUCUUACACGUGAUUCCUGUGCUCUCCUUUGAGCACAGGUUUCUGCGUGCUGGCAUGCCGUAAGAAU